GAGGCGUUUCGAGGCGAGGCCGGUAGUGACGCGGACACAGCGGCUUCCUGUAUCUCGCUGAGGUGUUUAAUGCUCGGGCGCAGGGUGGUGGCCGCGGUAUUAGCACUUAGCGCCUCCAUUCAGCGUGCAGUCUUAGGGGUACGCGGUGUACCAGAGGCCGGACUCACUCCCCGGCCACAGCGCUUUACCCCCGAGACACUUUAGGCCUCCUCUGCGCUUUCCUCUCUAUCGGCUUUCCCGCCCGGACUACCGGGAGCUUCGACGCCAAGGCAGCCAUGCAGGCCAUUAAAUGCGUGGUGGUAGGGGACGGGGCUGUAGGUAAAACUUGCUUGUUGAUCAGUUACACCACCAAUGCCUUCCCCGGCGAGUACAUCCCAACUGUUUUUGACAACUACUCUGCCAAUGUUAUGGUAGAUGGGAAGCCGGUGAACUUGGGCUUGUGGGAUACAGCUGGCCAGGAAGAUUACGACAGACUGCGUCCCUUAUCCUACCCCCAAACGGAUGUAUUCUUAAUUUGCUUUUCACUCGUGAGCCCUGCAUCGUUUGAAAACGUCCGUGCCAAGUGGUACCCGGAAGUGCGACACCAUUGCCCCAACACACCCAUUAUACUUGUAGGCACGAAGCUUGAUUUGAGAGACGACAAAGACACCAUUGAAAAGCUGAAAGAGAAGAAACUCACACCCAUUACCUACCCUCAGGGACUCGCCAUGGCUAAAGAGAUCGGUGCAGUGAAGUACUUGGAGUGUUCCGCACUUACACAGCGAGGUCUGAAGACGGUGUUUGACGAAGCCAUUCGGGCGGUCCUCUGCCCACCCCCAGUCAAGAAGAGGAAGAGAAAGUGCCGGAUCUUGUAAACGUCGCGCCCGUCUGUCUGAGUUUGCACGCUCAAAUGGGAUUCUUGAGACUCGCAAUGCCAACUCCUAGCCCUGUUUGUAAUAAUUCAUUUUUUUGCCUAUAAAAUUUGAGCCCAUCAAAUUCUAACGGUUUCUCUUAUCCUAGAAAAAUGAACAUAUUUUUUUUCCCCUUACUCCACUAAAAUAUCACCCAAUUUACUUAGCCUUAUUCUCCGCAAAUCUGUUUUCCUUUGCUUAGACUAAUCGAGUUGCCAAAACCUUUACUCAGCUUGGUUCAAGCAUGAGCCAUUAACCCGUAAGGUGCCAGUGGUGUGCACGAGGCAUGGUGUUGCUUAUAAAAGCCUUUGUGAUUAGGUAUAUAAACGGCCCGUGCUUCACAACAAUUUGCACACCUAUCGGGCACUGAGGAGGUUAAAUAAUGUAUAUUAAAGACAUUUUGUCUUUUACUCGGGUUUAGUUUUUUUUUGUUAAAAACAAACAAGUACCUGUUAAGAUAAUAAACUUUGGGGGAAAUGCCCGUUGUAGGUGCUUACUGCAUAUAUUAAAGGCAUUAUUAACCUUAAUUCACUGUAUUGCAUUGUAAAAUCCAAAUGGUUAUUUAGGAACGUUAGAUCUUUUAUGUAUCUUUUUACCGCUUCAGUUGAAAUAAAGUUAACUGAUUAAAGGGUACUAAUCUGCUUUUGGACACAAUUGUAUUAAGAUUGAAAUGUAAAGCAAAUAUUCAGGUUUUAAACGAUCGGGAAUGAGCUGCAGUAUUGAAACGGCGCCCCUGCUUCUACACGAACAUCUGAUGCGUUACUGUGUUUGAGGUCAUACACGUGAUAUAUAAAUAUAUAUUUUCUUCAGGUAAGGCAUUUAGAUUUGGUCCCUUUGUCGCUGGGGGUGCCCAGAACAGUUUUUUGGGGUAGGUUCUUCCGGCUGUAUAGUGGAGUGUAUCGGUCUGGUUCCGUCAGACUCGCUUUCUGUGCCUUUCCGGCAAAAAAAACUAAAAUAAAACGGAGGGGGCUCUUUCCGAUGGUCAUUCCCACAGGUUCUGAGCUGUACAAGCUUUCCAUGUUGAGUUGCUCGUAGAAACAUACCUUGUAUUUUAAUAUCUUUCUGAUUAUUAUUGUAAUUUGCAUUUUUGUAGUUCUGAUACAGUUAAAUCUAAUACUGUUCUACUUGUUACUUUUGCUUAAAGGUGUGCGAUUGAUGGCCUUUCUUUCUAUAAUAACACUAGGUGUACAAAUCAUGUGACGCGGCUAUUCCCAUAAUUCCUCUUUGUGUUAGCCAUUCUUAUGACGCAUAUUCCUUACCUAUUCCUCUAUUGCCGGAUAUACCGACACGGUUACCAUAUACUAAUUUUACCCCCGCCUUUCGUGACAUUUUGUGACAUUUUGUGACAUCAUUAUUGCUUUUAUGAGUUUUGAUAUCUUGGGUCUGUGAGGUCUUUAUUCUAGAGCAAGCGUUGAUGAUCUAAUGCACACCCCUAAACACUAGCAAACCUUGCAAACAACAAACUACAACGCGAACAAACUAAACCAACAUUCGAGAAUGUUGCGGAAAUUGUGAACAGUGUUUUUACAUUGAUCUUUUGCUAAUGCAAUUUAGUGUUUUACAUGCAUGUUUGAAUUAAUAAAUCCUUAAACCACAGAAAAA